AUGGAUUUGACUCAGAAGGAAAUGCAGUAUGAGCAAAUGAUCAUCGAGAGUUUGGGUUUUGAGAUGCGCACUUCUCGUCAUAGUUCGAUUCCAGACGCGUUUAAGAGAACUUUCAGAUGGGUUCAUGAUCCUCCUGAGGGUGCACCAGCUUCCGCAAGGUUAAUAUCGGAGUGGCUGAGAAUGCGAGAUGGCAUGUUCUGGGUUUCUGGAAAGCCAGGCUCCGGAAAGUCAACGUUCAUGAAAUUUCUUGCGGAUGACCCUGUUACCGAGGCCAUGCUGUUGGACUGGUCAGGGUCGAAAAAGUUGAUUACAGCUAGUUAUUAUUUCUGGAGUACUGGAACGGCAAUCCAAAAGUCUCAGCAGGGUUUCCAUCGUGCAUUACUUUAUGAGACCUUCCAACAAUGCCCCGAGGCUAUACUCCCUGCAUCAAAAGGCCUUCGACCGAACCUAAGAGGGAACAAGGGACCUAAUGAAUGGAGUCUUAAAAGUCUUCACGAAAUGCUCAUGAAGGCUACAGACUGGGGUGCGAGCUGUGUGAGAUUCUGUUUCUUCAUCGACGGCCUAGAUGAGCUAGGUGAUGACCAGUUCGAGCUGUGUCAGUUUUUGAAAGAGGUUGCCACAUUUCCUAGUAUCAAGAUAUGUGUCUCAAGUCGACCGUGGAACGUUUUUGAGGAAGCAUUUGGAGGUGAACCGCGACGAAAACUCUAUAUGCAAGACCUGACGCGAAAUGAUAUCCUUGAAUAUACACGAUCACAUAUUUACGGGCACCCGAGAUGGCCCUCAUUGGAGGCAGCCAAGUUUCACAGCGAUGACCUAAUCGAGGAAAUUGAGGAGCGCGCGAGUGGUGUUUUUCUUUGGGUCUAUCUUGUGGUCAAAAUGCUGAGAGAAGGUCUCACGAAUAGAGACAGUUUCUUGGACAUUCGUCGGCGUCUUGAGAGUUUCCCUGUGGAGCUUGAAGUAUUCUUCCGACAGAUACUAGAAUCAGUGGAGCCCUUUUACCACUGCAAAAUGUCAACCACUAUGCAGAUAGCCCUUGCCGCAGAAGAGCCUCUGGAGGCAGUUGCCUAUUAUUUCCAUGACCAAGAGUAUGAGGAUGAGAACUUUUGUUUCUCUGUUCCCUCGCAGCUAUAUUCAUCAGCGCAAAAAGCCGAUUUUGAGGAAACAAUGAAAUGGAGAUUGACUAAUCGGUCUCGUGGGUUACUGGAGAUCAAUUCCAAUUCGGGUACUGUGACAUUCUUACACCGAACUGUGGUUGACUUUUUAAGAACGCAGGAGAUGUCAACAUUUCUCAGUGAAAAAGAACCCCAGUUGUUUAAUCUAGUUUUGUCUCUUCUCAGACUCUUUACCUCAACGAUCAAACAGACUGCGCCUAGUCACGAACGUCAUCAUAGCUGUGGUGCUUAUGACAGCGAUGGGCGAUUACAGUUUUUUACCUCAAGUGCCUUGCGCUGCAUUCAAGAGCUACAGCCCACUAUGACCGAUGUCACUAUUGUCCAUCACAUAAUAGAUGAUCUUGAUAGUGGAAUCUUGGAGUUCUCCACCGGCAACUCUCUUUAG